UCGAGCAAAGCAAAGGAGAAGAAGCAGAAGCGGUUGGAGGAGCGAGCAGCCAUGGAUGCUGUCUGUGCCAAAGUGGACGCCGCCAACAGGCUUGGAGACCCUCUUGAGGCUUUCCCAGUGUUUAAGAAGUAUGACCGGAACGGGUUGAAUGUCUCCAUUGAGUGUAAGCGAGUGUCUGGACUGGAGCCAGCCACAGUGGACUGGGCCUUCGACCUGACCAAGACCAAUAUGCAGACCAUGUAUGAGCAAAGUGAGUGGGGCUGGAAGGACCGAGAAAAACGGGAGGAAAUGACAGAUGACCGAGCCUGGUACCUCAUUGCUUGGGAAAACAGCUCUAUCCCUGUUGCCUUUUCUCACUUCCGGUUUGAUGUGGAGUGCGGAGAUGAAGUCCUGUACUGCUACGAAGUGCAGUUGGAAAGCAAGGUGCGGCGGAAAGGCCUGGGGAAGUUCCUCAUACAGAUCCUGCAGCUCAUGGCCAAUAGCACACAGAUGAAGAAGGUUAUGUUAACGGUAUUUAAACACAAUCAUGGUGCCUACCAGUUCUUCAGAGAAGCACUGCAAUUUGAAAUUGAUGACUCUUCCCCUAGCAUGUCUGGUUGUUGUGGGGAGGACUGCUCCUAUGAGAUCCUGAGUCGGAGGACCAAGUUUGGGGACAGUCAGCACUCCCAUGCAGGCGGGCACUGUGGUGGCUGCUGCCACUGAACUGCCAGAGCCAAUUGCAAAUCAGAAUGCUCUCUCCUAAGGCCUGUCCUCUCUCCCGGUCUCAUGCUGCUUGCCCAGUGCACUCAGAGCUGUGGCCUCCUCAUCCCUACAUGUGCCUGAGAGCACAGAACCCUGGGGAAGAGUGGCCCAAGCUACCCCCGUUCUUUCUCCAAGAAAACCAGAGUGCCGGGAAGAGUGGAGAGAGAGGCUGCUGAGGGAGGAGCUGGCGGCGGCCCGGCACGGAGCUCCUCACACAGUGGCUGCUUCCUCACUUGGCUCUCGGGCCCUCAAGCCGAAGUUGUCCCACUCCUCUGCCGCUGGAUUCCCGACAGCCCCCUUCACACAUACACUUGGACAAAUGGAGUGUUCACAUCCACUUUUAUGAAAGUCCGAGUCCUGGGUCUGGGGUCUGCGGGUCCCCAAAGAGGAAUGGACUCAGUGUAAGAUCUGGGCAUAGAGAGACUCGCGCUUUCAUGGACAGGACGCUCUGAUGGAGACUGUGGGAAGAUCUUUUGUGCCAAGACACAGGGAAGCGAGGAAAGCUCUGGCUGUGUUUUCGUGGAUCUUCGCAGUGGUCUCGGGACCAUCUGACUCUGGGAAGAAGGCUGCCUCCCUCUCCAUUGCUGUCAGUGAGAGGGGCUGAGAGAACCAGGAACAGGUGUUGUGUGGGGCUCACUGUGGGGACAGUGGCUUCUCUGGGCUUUUGGACUUUGCUGCAUUCUAAACCUAACCUCUUGAUAUCAUGGCAGUGACUCGAGCUUUCCAUUCCUAGAAGGAAGUCAGAGGUCCUACCUGUUUCUCUCCAUUGCCCACUCACCACUUUCUCCCCUGCCUGUCACCUCUACCCCAGAUACCUCUGCUCUAAGUCUCAAGGAGGGAAUAGCCUCAGGGAGCUGUCUGUCUUCUCCCAGGAGGACUCCUUAUGUCUGAUAUAGUUAAUGUCGUUUCCUCUCAUCUCUUGGUGCUGAAAGCUCUCUGAGGGUGGGGCGUUCUUUCCCACCAUUCACCCCUCCAGAGAGCUCCCAGCCAGCAGCAGGCCCCUCUGCCUGCACUCCCCAGCCUUGCCCUUUGCUGCCUCAGUGAGGCACUAGUGCCACUGCCCUGGCCCAGCCGGGCCACAGCUCAGGCUGCAGCAGGAAUGCCUCUCAGUGGCCAAAAUGGUUGCUUUUCUCUCUCUGGUGUCGCCCUGUGGCAGCAGGCUGGAGUAGGGGGAAGAGAAGGCCUUCCUCUUCUCUCAUAGGACAGAGAGGAUGCGGGCUCAGAGCUUAUACUCAUCGUGAUCGCUGGGCCUUGUUCCUCUUCCAAGGAAGAAAAACCAAAUCCUUAUCCAGGAAAAAGCACCUAAUGCCUCCCCUUGGACAUCCCUGAGCUCUGCUUUAGGGAGUGUCAUAAAGGUUCUAGCCUUUGUGAAGUUGCUCUCAUGCAGGUCUGUCUGUCCCACUGACCUCAGUGUCUGCUCACAUCCCACCCUCUGCCCUGACUCGGGCAAUCUGUCCUGGCAGAGCUCCCCAGAGCGGCCCUUGCUGUCUCACCGAUUCUUGCUCGUGCAGGGGCCUGUGCUCAUGCAGCCUCCCUCACCAGCCCGGCCCCUCUGCCGAGCUCUCUGCGCUGCUCUUGACCCCGCCUCCAGUGGGACUGGGCACCUUGGAGCGGCCUUGAAGCUUUACACUGGAGUAAGUCUGCCUGUGCACCACCCUGCUGGCUCCUGGGGGAUUUUACUCCACGUGAGAGUUGAAAUUGCUGGGAGGGGAUUGGUAGACUCCUUCUGAGACAGGAGCAUAUUUAGGAAGAGUUUUUCCUCUGUUCUCUGUCUCUCAAAGGACACAAAAUGAUAAAUAUUUAUUGUCUUAGAUCAUGGAUUUCUGAUACCUCUCAAGGGGACCAAAAGGAACCCCCAGUGUAAAUCCCACAUAAGGUGAGUUCAGUGUAUGUUGUCUCUUUCCCUUCAGUGCGCACUUGGCACCAAGCUCACUGCAGAUGGGCCACUCGGUUCCAUGUCCUACUCCCAAAGGGCUCCUCAGGAGGUUGGGGCUGGAGGGAGAGGCGCUGUCUCAGACCAGCAGGUCACUCUGUUUUUGGUGUCGAGCCCAUUAAUUUCUCAAACGUCAGUCUUUCUCCACUUCCCCCAGGUCUUGGUUUUGAGAAACAUAGCAGGCCUUUUCUACCAGGUAUUUUUGGUUUUUGUUUGGGGCACGUAAAAACAUGUUUUAAGAUUUUUUUAAGUUGUAUACACUCUAUGUAUACACUUCAAAUGUGUAUAUGACAUGUGUAUGGUUCUUUUUAACCCUUUCUGGGUUUUUUUUUUGAGGAAACUUGGAAGAUAAACUUCUCGAUACAUGUAUUUUUUUUUUCUUUAGCAACUUGUUAUCACUGGAAUCAAAGGGAAAAACUGAUCUCUUUUUGCAUUAGUUGUAUUUGUAUGUCACAAAUAAAAGACACUUUGUUCAGCUGC